CAUGUCCAAGCGAAAGAAAAUGUACUGUGCAUAGGCAAUUUGUCUUGGGCUGAUAACUUACAUAGUAUUUGAUCGGAGUCAACUGGCGUAAUCAUUAUCUUAUUGUUAUGGUCAAGAUUGUUGUUAUUAUUGUUAUUUCUUAUUAUUGCUUUCCCCCGCUCCUCACUCUCUCAGUUCCUCCUCUUCCGUCAGGACUGUCUGUCUGUUCUGUAUUCUCCCUCCCCCUCUCCUCCCCUCCAUCUUCCCUCCCUGUGGUUUUCUUGUUCAUCUGGUCCCCUUUUUCCUUUUUCCCUUUUUUUUCUAAUCUCCUCAAAUCGGUUAGUCAAGUAAGUCCAGGAGCCGAGCUCAGGACACCAGGCUUGUUUAAUACACCCCCAAGCAGUGGUGCUCCUUUACCUUUGUGCAACCUAGGAUUACAUUACCGUUUCCUUCCCCUCCUUUCGUUCCUCCCCUCGCAUUUCGUAAGAACGCAUUCUCGUCUCUUCAUUCUAUCCUUCUGCCGGCUGCUUUCCCUGCUGUUCGCUGCUAUCUGACCAGCUCCAAGCUAUUCCUAUUCCUUCAUCUAAGCGCUUGAACGGGCCAUCGAACGGGCCAUAAGGACCUAGAGACAAGAAGACCUGAUCGUCGACCGCCGAUCGGAGGACAAGACCAGGGCUCAGCAACCUUCACCUUUCCUUUAUCAUUA